AUGUCAAUCACUCUGGCAGUGGUGACUCCCGGCUGGCACUGCGGCCGCUCCCGGGCCCGGGCCGCCCAGCCGCACUGCUCGACUGAGUCGGACCGUAACUCCGGAUCGGACUCCGGACCUCGGCCAAGUCUGCCCACUGAGUCAGUCACUGAGUCUGGCCCCAUGAGGGGGAAACUUUACAGUCGCUUCGAUGACAAGAACUUUAUUUCUAUAGGAAUUGCUGCUAUCUUCAUUGUUACUCUGUGUGCACUUGCUACGCUGUCGAAAACAAAUCCUACGGUCACCCUGCAAUCUGCUAGUGCUGUUCACCGACAACCAUUGAGCGCAUCUGGAAACUCGGGGAUUCUUCUGCCGGCAGCCAGGUCAAACAACAUCCGCGUUUUCAGCGGCAAGAUGCUCUGUGGAGUUGGGGAAACGUCAUGUGUGCAUCCUUGCGAUGCGUUUUACACCAUAACAGACGAACCGAUCCCUGAGGACUGCAAGUGCAAGUGCGUCGCUCCAAACCCGCACGAGUUUUACAGUGAGGGAUCUACUAUCUGCACUUGCCCAGGAUCCCCCAUCUCACCUGAAAACGACUUGUUUCCUUAUCCUGAGGGUGAGGGGCCAGCGCCUCGCAACAACACAGAUGAGGAGGAAACUGCUGUGGCAACUUCUGCUUCCCACGCAAGCUCUAGUUUGUCCAUGAGGAGGUUCAACAGGCCUGUGUAUGGAAAUCGCCGGUAUCCUGUGUUGCGCAGAGGGUAUGAACCAAGGAUCGCACAGUGGUCGAAAAAGGAGUCACGUUAUGGGAGGAUCGCUCUGCCUACACUUCCUGCAAGAGUGAACCAGGGCCUGAAUAGGUAUGAACCAGCACCUGCGUUUACGUACAGACCGAGAAAUGGAGGUCUCUUUGGAUCAUGGUGGCAGUCCAGGCCAAACCAAGGGCUGUGGGUUGGAUCCCCCCCUCCCUAUCUGCCGCCGGAUGGUGAUUAUCCGGGAGGCAGCACGGGAAUUCCUAUGGAUGGCUAUCUAGCUUUUGAGACCGGCUACGGCGAAGAGCCUUACCAUGGGAUCUAUGCUCCUAUGCAAGAGGCAGGAAUCAGCAGCUGAAUCAACAAAUCUGAGUGAUGGUGGACCGAUAUUAUUUAGACAACUUCUCAUACAACAUGAUGUGAUGCGAUGAAAUAAAAAAAAUCUC